UUAUUUGGAUUAUAUGAACUGCGUCAUGAUAUACGCUUAGUUAUGAUUAUAUAACGCUAAAAGUUAUUUUUUUCUUAGUCACUUAACCAAAGUAAAAAAACACCGUGGAUUGCUUCAUAAGCACUAAGACUUUCCGGGUCAAUAGAAAAAAAAUUGAUGGUGAGUGUCUAUAUAAAAUUUAUAAUUUUGCUACAUAAGCUUGGAAGUUGCAAUGAACCUCGGCGCCACUGCUAUUAUCGAUGUACUACUGUAUUAGGGUUAAUAUUAGACGUCUCCGAGGCGGUCACAGUCGAUGGGAUUCGAUUGUUCGAUACCGUGGGCCCAUAUUCACGACACCCGAAAAUCGGCGAUCAGUGUUUCCGGCACAGGCACAUUGAUCGGACAUGACCAUCGUGUGCAAUGACACAACAAUAAUGGCAAUAUAAUUGUAUUUUAUUUUAUGUACCACGCGGUGAUCAAUAAUUGGUUUAUUGUAUUAUAACUACGAGAGGAGCCAAAUUGCGCACAUCCCACAGCCGUGUCAAGUGUCGACUCAACUACGUAAUAGUCUAUACUUAUUAUUGUAAUGGAUUCGUGGCUGUCGGUGGACGUGACAACGGCCAAUGUCCUGUCCAGAGACAAUCGAGGAUCCGUCCGCGGAGUCAAGACGCGUAUAUAUUUCCUUCGACUCGACUACAGACAAUGGAUAUAUCGUCAGACGUCUGGGGGCAGUUAGCAUUAGAGGCUUCUCAGGUGUAUAUCGAUGACGGUACAGGAGGACCCGCCAAGAGCCCGUACGCCGGAACGACGAUCGAAAAAUUACCGGAUAAAGUUUUGCUGAACAUAUUUUCGUACCUGAGCCACAAAGAAAUAUGUAGUAUGUCAAGAGUGUGUAGAAAGUGGCGCACGAUUGCGUAUAACACGUCCCUGUGGUACAGCGUAUCUCUGAGACCGGAAAUAUCAGGACUUCACGUCACGUCUCUGGACUUUUUGUUGUCUUUGAUCAGUGUGAGAUUCGGCUCUUCGUUGCGCUACAUAGAGUUGCCAAUCGAGCUUAUAACGCACACAGUCUUGCACGAACUGGCCAAUAGGUGUCCAAAUCUCACUCAUAUGCUACUCGACUUUUCGACCGCCAUGCAACUACACGAUUUCAGCGAGCUCCAAGCGUUCCCCACCAAGUUGAAAUACCUCUGCGUGUGCCUGUCGGAAGUGAUCUUCAUGGAAGGGUUCAUGAGAAAAAUCUAUAACUUCAUCAACGGACUGGAAAUACUUCACCUGAUAGGUACUUACGAAAAAGUCGAAGAGGAAGAAGAAGAGAUUUAUGAAGUGAUAAAUGUGCACAAACUCAAAUCGGCGACGCCAAACUUGAGGGUCAUAAACUUGUACGGAAUAAACUUCAUCGACGACAGCCACAUUGAUGCGUUCAGCUCCAAUUGUAUACAACUUGAGUGUCUGGCCGUGAACUAUUGCUCCAAGGUCACGGGGUCUACAAUGAAAACGUUAUUUCAGAGAAGUAAAAGGCUCAGGUGUCUCUUAAUGAAUCAAACGAAUCUCAUCAGCGAGUAUUUAAUGCAAGUGGAAUGGGAAAAAUCUUCGAUUCAAGAAUUAGACAUAUCUGGGACCGAUCUCUCUACCGAAUGCCUGAUCGAUAUGUUAGUUCGGAUACCGAAUUUGAAGUUUCUGAGCGCAGGCCAGAUGAACGGAUUCAAUGACACUGUGUUAAGUUCGUUCAUGGAAAUGGGUAACGUCAGGAACCUGAUCGCGCUAAAUUUGGACUAUUCGGACAAUUUGUCGGACGAGGGACUUUAUAAAUUUUUGUCCCGUUAUGGACAUCAGCUACAGGGGCUUUCUUUGGCCGGCAUGCCACAUAUUACUGAUCAACUGUGGAACACAGUCUUACCGGUUCUCAACAAUGUCAUAAUUAUGGUUAUGGGCACUCAAGAGAGACUAUCUGGUAACGUGUUAGUAGAUCAACUUAUGGACGGUAUAGCUACUAAUUGUCCGAGAUUAGAAAGACUCGAAUUGAAAUGGGAUCCGGAUAAUUUAAGAUUUUCGGAUAAAAGCCAAAAAGCGAUUGAUAUUUUUCGAGUAAAAUGUUUGAAACUCAAAUGCUUGGUUCUAAGCGAUGGAAGGUAUUACGAAAUAGUGAAAGCAAACUUCGAAAGAGCAGAUAGACUAACGGUGGUUAGAACCACUACAUGUUGUAGUGUCUCCAAUUAUUACCUACUACAAAAUUACAAAGAUUUAAUAUUUAAUUGAUUCCAGAUCAUUUAUAAUUAUUUAUAAAAUUAAUUAAGUUAUCAAAAUGUAAAUAAUUGUGUUUCCGACAGUACAUAAUAUUAUUAUAGUGUCAACCAUAUAUUAUAGUCUAAGCACCUCAAACAAUAAUAAAGUAUACAUAUU